UCGUACCAAGAACCUCCAUAGUCAAGGCCCAGGCUUAAUCCUGUUAAAUCUGUGAAAAGGCCGAUGAGAUAAACAGUUGUAACAUAAAUUUUACAAGGUUAACUGCUCUAUUGUAGAUAAAAGGAAGAGUGUAAAGAAACAUCAUCAUUUGUUCCGUUAACACAGACAUGCCAAAGGUGGAUGAUAAAAGAAAAGAAUACGAUGUUUUAGGUCUCGAAACAACCGCAAACGAAGUUGACGUUAAGAAAGCAUUUACAAAGCUUGCUUUGAAGUAUCACCCAGAUCAACACACCAAGAAUUGUGGACAAGAAAGUCAUCAAUAUAGUAAAACAAAGUUUACAGAAGUUUGUCGAGCAUACAAGAAAGUAAUGACUGAAGAUAAUUGCAACCUGUCAGAUUGGAAUAAUGACAAAAGUGACGAGAUAUUCUUCAGUUUACUUGGAGAAUUACUUCAGAACAGUACACGUGCUAGUGAACUUUAUACAUUACUAUCUUCUCAAGCCAACAGCAAACCGCAAUUUCAAAAUGAUAAUGAAUACCGGUGUAAGGAAGAUGCCAUGGAGGAUGAAGAUGAGGAGUCAGAACUGAACAAACUAGUAGAUAUAUUAAAAAACCGACUGCAGAAUGGCAAGUCUGUACCUGCUGGACUUACACAGGAAAAACUGACACGGCUAAAGGAUGAUUUUAUCAAACAAAAAGAAGAGAACAGAAAGACAGAACAAUGCCACCAUACUCCAACUAAAAAAGCAAAGACAGUGGCACCAGUACCUGUUGCCAAGCCUAAACCAAAGAACAAGAAGCAGCUGCAAGCGGAACAAAGGAGGAGGGAACUAGAAAUGGCAAGUAUAGCAAAAGAACUUGAAGAGAAGAAGAAGAAAGACGAAGAAAAAGAACAGGUUCGCAAGAAACAAGAGAAGGAGAGGAAGAAACUUUUGGAAGAAGAAGCACGGAAACAAGAAGAAGAUAAAAAGAAACAGUUGAAUGAAAAUCGAAAAAAGAAAGAAAGAGAGGAAAAAGAGCGCGAGCAAAGAAGUCAAAAAGAAAAAGAGAGACAGGAACGACUUAAGAAAUCACAAGAAGAAGAACAACGAAAAAAAGAAGAAGAAAAGCGAAGAAAGGCGGAAGAGAAAGCAGCAAAACAGAAGUCAACGAAGGAAAAAGAAGAGAGAGAAAAACUAGAAAAGCAAGUUCCGAAAAAUCAGAAUAAACUUCGUUCGCAACAAUACCAGCAAUACCAGCAACAGCAACAGAAAUAUCCACGAGAAGUACCUCCCAGGUUUCUACGGCAACAGCAAAUGAAACAACAAGUCCCACGUAAAGAUCAGGAUUACUCGUUCGAUAAUAGUAACAGUUAUAAAGAGGAAUCUGGAUGGACUGAGACUGCGCCCGAUACGCAGACAGACAAUAACGUUAUGUCAGAAAAUUGGGAUUUAGAUAUAGAUAAUAAUGCUAAUAAUCCGGUAGCCGAUCAGAAUACGAAAACUGAUACAUACUGGGGCGGUGUGCCGGCCUCAGAGAAUUGGGAUUUAGAUCUAAAUAAACCAGCGACGCGUUCUAGUGUUACUGAUUCUAGAUAUGAACAUCCUGCUGCUCCUAUUAGUACGAGCCCUCUACUCAACGGAACAGCUACCCUAACCAACGGAACGAGCGAACCUUCGUGGGGUGCUAGUUUAACAGGGUCAACUUGGGAUAGUAGUAAUGUAGCCUCGAAACAAUGGGACGUUGUAAAGCAACAAAAUGGUCAAAAUAGUAGUACUUCGAAUAGUGUAGUCGACGAGAGAACACAGUCUAGUUAUGCAAAGAACCUUCAUAACUCUGUUAAUAGUUCAAGUCAAUUAAGUGAUAGUACGACACCUUGGAAUAGAAUAUCUUCUAAGCCUAUCAACGUAGAGUCGACCAAACCCACGGACACUCUUAAAUCAGCCAGUCCAGGAAUUACCCCCUGGGCUGGGCUAGAUAGUUUUGACGGUGGUCCUUCACCUAUUAAUAGCACGCAAAUUUCGAAUAAUAUUUAUGCCGGGGGUGCAAAACCUAGAACAACGCCGGGCAGCAGUUUCCACAGUCACCACAGUGAUAACUCCGAGAAAGCUAAAUCACAGAGCGUAACACGAGCAAAGGAGACCAAUAUAGAUUUACCGAACGAACGAUUUGUCGCUAGCGAGAAAGCAGAAAAGAGAGUUACUGUACCUUCACUAGACAACAAAGUUGAUAGUAAUUUGAAAGUAACUGGUUGGUUGCAAAACUCUACAACUUCAGAGAACUGGGACGAGGAGGAAAAGUAUCACGACGGUGAAUUUGGUUGGACGACGGUUUCCAUGAAAACAAAGAAACCAGGCCUAAGUAACAAUCAAACAUCCUCGACGCCUGGUACGCCUUCGAAAGGUGACGGUUGUAAUGCAUGGACGAACAGAGCCCUGAAACAAUUGCUUGAUAUGGGUUUUAAGAGAGAGCAAGCUGAGAGAGCACUGCGUGAUAAUAAUGGAAUCAUUGAAAGCGCUGUCAGCGAUUUACUACUUAGAGGUGAUAGUACUGAAAAUGCACAACUACCUCCUGCGGAGCAAAAACCAGCGUCAAAGUCAGAGACAUCAAACGACGCUCAUCGAACGACACCGCAAAAGUUAAAUCGAAAACAAAGACGAAAGUUGCAGCAGAUGCAGAAUGCUGAGCAGAAGGAAAGUGCUGCUGCUAGUACCGAUACCACGACCACUUCAAAUUCUGUAGUUAAAGGUGGUGAUGGUUUGUUACCUACCCCACCUGCUAGUCAUAGACUUGUCCUGAACGAAGCAAUGAACUCAGGUCAGGCUGUCGAUAAGACAAUCAGCAGACCAGCAUCAUUGCAGUCCAAUACGAAUGAAAGCAACUCUGCGCAAAAACCUACGUGCGGACAACAACGUCAACAUUCAGAACUUCGUAAUUCUAGUCAGGAGGUAACAAAGAGUAGUGUUACACAUGCACCUAUCGGGUCUUCAAGGCCGUCAGGCCCAGCACCAAUUCAACCUCCUACACCGAUACAACCACCAAACGCACAAGUAUCCCAGUCUUCGACAUCCACAACAAAGGAAUCUAUAGAUCAAAUGAAUGGUACAAAUCUUCAACCGCCUGUCAACCCGGUGUAUUUGGCGCAAAUGCAUUUGCAAAAACUAGGUCUUGAGGAUGCUCCAUCAGUUCCUCCCUACAGUUCUUCAGCCUCACCUGUACCAUCUCAAACCGUUACUAACACUAUGAUACAGAGAUACCUUCAACAGAUUGCUCAAGCACCUGAGGUGGAGAGCUCGCCUAGUGUUUCAGCGUCUAUGCAUCUUUCUGGACUUCUUCAACAAGCUCCAGUUCCUGCUAAUAGUUUAUCAGAAGGUCCGCAAAAAUCAAAGUUGCUCCAGUGGACUCAAACUAGUUCCGCUAAUAAUAGUGAACCAACAACACCACCUUCGGCUGAUGAGAAAGCUUUUCCGGCUGUUCAAAAAGUUGAUCCUGUGUCAGCAAAAUGGGGUGUCAUAGCUGCGCCCCGGCUGUCCCCGACACCUGCCGAAUUUAAACCUGGUGUGCCUUGGAGACCACGUGGCGAGCCAGGCGAGGAUAAAGACGACGAAAUUUACGACACGAGGACUGCAGAUAUACUUGCUGAACUGGAUAUACAAAGUCGCUUGCCCUCCUCUACUCCGCCAGCUGUGAUGGCCCAACCUCAAGCAAAUGUUACUGAAACUGCAGUCAGCCAAACAUCCGCUGUGACUGCUCCUGGCAAUGAGGAAUCUGUUUCUAUUCGACCACCUCCUGGUCUGGAUACUGCGAGUGGAGAAGUGAAACAAGAUUCCAACUGGUUAAUAUUGAACGGACUUACAUCUGCUGUCGAUCCUUCUCCAAUUCGUUCACUAUGUCAACAGUUUGGUACACUGCUACACUUUCGUGUGGUUGCCAACGCGGUUUAUGUUUGUUACGAAACACCAACCCACGCACAGAAUGCAUGGGUAGCGUUAAAUGGCAAAGUUGUCUUUAAUACUCAAGUUAUAGCUGAGGUAUCAACUGAGAGUGUAUGUAUGAAAGCUAUGGAGUCAGCUUCGCUCAUAAACAGUGUACCAGUGGCGACGACCCCUCUUACAAAUCACGUGUCGCAACCACCGCUAGCUCCAGGUUUUCCAAACAUGUCUUCAUUCGGUGGAUUAUGGACGACACCAGGACAACCGGUGACAGCACCCACCGCUCCUCGGCCAUUGUUUCCACAAACCUUCCCAGCUUCUUACGGAGUACCCGGCAGUGUUGUGAACGGUGGUUUUAAUCACUGGGGGUUACCGCCCCAACAGCAACCCGUAAUGACGAAUUCAAGCCAACUAUGGAACCCAGCACCCCAACAGCCUUCUACUGUGUUUCAGGCUUACCCCGGCUGGGUAACUACAAAACAAGAAAUCCCCGUCCAAACGAACAUGUUUAGUCCUGGUAUGGAUAGGUGCAUACCAAGCGAACUUUUUAAUGUGAAAGAACAGAGCUCCUAAUAUGUGACUGCUUAUAUUAUUUUUACGGGUCCUUAACAGCUAAUGGAUACUUGCUAUGCCCUGAAACAUGGGUGUAUCUUCAAUACUACUUGCGUCAACCCUGAAAUAUUGGGUGGAUUCAGUAGUAGCUUUCUAGACUUUGUUUUACGCCCUGAAAUAAUGGGUUUGUAAAAUUGUCUUUAACGCCCUGAAAUAUUGGGUUGUGUAUUGUGUCUCGUAUAUUUCGCUGUGAUGUGAUUUACUUUUUAUUGUUAUUAAAUAUUUCUUUUCAAAUAUUUUUUUACCCCCUGAAAUAUGGGGCGAAAAAUAAAGAAAUUAUUACUUAUUUUGCGCUGAAUCUAGGGCGACCUGUAGAUUUUUUUUUGAAAAAGAAAAUUCGAAAUGCAAA